ACAGAAAACAAAUAAAACGAAAACGUUUGGACGCCGACGCAGCAAGCAACGAAGGAAACAACCCACCGUAAGCGAAAAGCAAAUAAACUUAUUAUUAUUCAGCGGAAGAGACAUUCUCUCUUUCUAUUCGUCUCCUUUUUAUCAUUCCAAAUCCUCAGCGUAUUCGCGGAGUACAAAGCUCGAAUCUCUUGGGUAUUGGGUCGUAGGUUUUUCUCUUCGAUUUGCCGAUCGAUCCAAUUCUCAUCCCAAUGGCUACGAUCGGCCACAACAAUCUCAAUGCCAAAUUGGUUCUCCUCGGGGAUAUGGGUGCCGGAAAAUCCAGUCUCGUUUUGCGCUUCGUCAAGGGUCAAUUUCUUGAAUUUCAGGAAUCAACUAUAGGUGCAGCGUUCUUUUCUCAGACAUUGGCUGUCAAUGAUGCGACAGUGAAAUUCGAGAUUUGGGACACAGCCGGGCAAGAGAGAUACCAUAGCUUGGCACCCAUGUACUACAGAGGUGCUGCUGCUGCUAUCAUUGUCUAUGACAUUACUACCCCGGACUCAUUUACUCGAGCCAAAAAGUGGGUCCAAGAGCUUCAAAAGCAAGGGAAUCCUAACAUGGUCAUGGCUCUUGCUGGUAACAAAGCUGACUUGGAAGAUAAGAGGCAAGUGACAGCUGAUGAGGCACGCGUAUAUGCUGAGGAAAAUGGUCUGUUUUUCAUGGAGACAUCUGCAAAAACUGCAGCCAAUGUUAAUGAUAUAUUUUAUGAAAUAGCAAAGAGGUUGCCAAGGGCUCAGCCAGCUCAGAACCCAGCAGGGAUGGUUCUUGUUGAUAGACCUGCCGAAGGAUCUAGAGCAGCUGCUUCUUGUUGUUCAUAAACUCUUAUUUUUCUUUCCUUAAUUAAUUAAUUAAUCUUGCUGCUGCUUUUUCUUUCCUGUGGUUUGAUAUGCACUAAUCACUUUUGAUGGCACUGUUAUGUGGUGCUCUAGAAAGUGUAUGGCCUUGCCUAAUCAAUGGAAUUUGCAAAAACAGAAUUUUAUGGUCCAAAAUAUAUUCCUUUUGUAUGUA